GUAAGGAAACGUCAGCCAUUAGUUGUAGAGUCUGGUAAAGUUGGGAAGGGUGGGACUUUGAGAGACGGCUUUUACCGAAUUCUUGGGAUCUUGAUAAGAGACAUUUCCAAGCUUUUCUUCUGCUAGCCGCUAAAGCAACCUUAUCUCGCCAUGGAUGACAUGACGGUAGAAGAUAUCCAGUUGAGAGCCAAUCAGGUCACAGAUGAAUCUCUGGAGAGUACUCGCAGAAUGCGCAAUCUGGCAGUAGAGUGCCAAGAUACUGGAAUAAAAACAAUUACAAUGCUGGAUGAACAAGGAGAACAACUAAAUCGUAUUGAGGGAGGCAUGGACCAGAUCAAUAAAGACAUGCGCGAGGCGGAAAAGAACCUUACAGAACUGAAUAAAUGUUGUGGUCUUUGUGUCUGCCCUGGGAAAAGGUUUCCUUGGAAGCAGCAUUUUGUUGGCUAUCGCAGGGGAAAGAGUUUUGAGACUGGAGAUGUUUAUAAAAAGACUUGGGGUGGCAGGGAGUCCUCAGAAGAUGUCAUUUCAAAGCAGCCAAAAUAUGCCAACGGACAGCAAAAUCGUGUAGGACAGAAUGGUGAAUACAUAAAGCGGAUAACGAAUGAUGCCCGUGAAGAUGAGAUGGAAGAAAACUUGCAGGAAGUGGGCAGCAUACUGGGUCAACUGAAGAACAUGGCCAUAGACAUGGGGAAUGAAAUUGAUAGCCAGAACAAACAGAUUGAUAAAAUCAAUGAGAAGGCCGAGACAAACAAGGCCCGCAUCGAUAUGGCUAACUCCACAGCACAGAAGCUCAUUGAAUGAAGAGAGUAGCACGGUGCUGCUUUGUCCUUUUUGCUGUCUGGAAAUACAUUGGCUUGAAGGCUUUCUAUUACAGGCAACACGAUCCUCCUUCCCACCAACACCAACUGUGUUUUGCUCUCAUAUAGUCAGUCUUUUUUUUAUUUUUAUAGGAGUGCUGAGCAUUAUUAGCUUGGUGUGCAUGUGAAUGUAUAUACUUUUUACUGCAGCAUUUAUACAUGGGGUGUGCCAAUGCGAGGUAAAGUCUGCAGACCCCUAUGAUUAUUUUAAAUCCAUCUCUAUAAAGCAGACAUGCAACCUGCAACGAUGAGGCUGCACAUCAUGAACAGCUUAAAUGAAGUAGUCAUGAAAGAUGAUGUAUUCCUUUCUUAUAUUCUUUAAGUAUUUUUGUUGACGGGUAUAGUCCCUUAGUGAGUUUUGGGAGAGGCCCAUUGUGGACACUUGGAAGGCUCUGGUAGGUUGCAUUUCGGCUUUGAAUACAAGGCCAUUUAAAAUUGUUAGUUUAAACCUGAGAAAACACCAGGGAAGAUUAUAAUAAUUAACAUUUUGUAGCGUUUAG